GCUCGACAUGCCAGCUGCCGCGGCAACUCUCUUCUCUUCUUCCAACACCAAAACCCCUCCUUCUUCUUCUUCUUUCGCGCGCUCACUAUCCUCUCCUGGAACACACUCAAUCCACAAAGACAACUGUUCUACAUCACAUCUCAAGCUCUUCUUCGCACACCAUGACCAUGGAAUCCCGCGCUCAGAUCAUGGACUGCUGUCACAUUCUGCACCCUGAAUACGCUCCCUUCCGCGUCACCGCUGUCACCCAUGACGAGCGCUGGUGGGUUGUUGUCUGGGGUGCUGCCGGCACCAUCGUCCGUGCUCUUAACGGCAGCAAAGAAUCCGCCGAAGCUGCUCUCCAAGACAUGGCCGAUUUUUUGGCUUCUCAGGUGUGGAACGUCGUUGACAGCAAAGGCCACAAGCUGGUCAAGUAGGAAGAAUGUUCCUUGUCGGUCGAACUUUCCCGCAACAGCAGAUCACGACUGAAGCGAGCUGGAGUGAACGGGAUGUCUGGGACUCGACUGAAACAACUGAAGCCACAAGACAUUACAUCCACAAAACAACGAGCUGGCUGGGAAUGAGAAUGCUUAGAUAGUCUGUCUCAAACUAUCAUCUCCGCCUCUCUCCAAGCAGGCUCCUCCUUUUCCUGUACCCUGGUGACAAGUCUUCCCUCCAACCACCUAGCAAACCUCACAGAAGGCCCAUCCACCCCCCUCGUAAACACGUCAGCCGCCCAAAUCGACGUCGCCGUGACACAGACUGCAGAAACUCCAAACGCAAUUUCCUUUUUCAAAUGUGUUUCUGUGCC